AACAUGACGUGAGGCUCGUUCCUUCCCUGUUAUCUGUUGUUGAUCCCGGUCAUUUUGGAGUUUGCGGGGGGGAAACACCAUGCUACAUACGAUUAUUUUCUGUUAUGUUACUUAUGGAAUGUGUUUAACCACAAUAUAAGAGAGAAAUACACAUACAACAGUAACGGUGAAGUGGUGGAACCUUGUUUUAAUGUGUCCCCUUCGGUGUAGUUUGUGCGGUGCACCGUUUGAUUACCUAGCAACCGGAACAGUGGUAAACGUUGUAAGACAUGUUAACGUGUUUGUUUUGACAAAGGAUGUUUUCUCCAGCCUCAUCUCAGCCUCUUGAUGAAGAGACCUUCUACCUGAAGUGUAGAGCUGUCUACAUCUCUGUAUUUAGAUCCAGUUUGACGAGUAUCACUUCAAAACAACAGUUAUGCCGUGUUCUCCAAUUGGCUGGAAGGAAUCCCUCACUUAAAACUCUCAGCAAGUACUGGACGCCAGCCACUUCCAAUCUCAAUUUUGAUGAUUUCUGUGAGAUACUCAAGUUGGAAAAGCAGACGGAUGAAAAUGAGCUUUUGAGAAUUUUCAAAGGAAUGGAUGCAAACGGAGAUGGCUUUAUAUCGCACAGUAAACUGGAAAAAGCCCUAACAGCAAGUGGUGAGAAGAUGACAGCUGAGGAGAUCAGCGCCAUUUUCUCAAUAGCUGAUGCCAACAAAGAAAGCAAAUUAGAUUAUGCAGAGUUCUGCCGAAUGCUGGCUACAACGGCAGAGCGGUGCCAGUCCGAGGCUCUCGAGAGGCUGGAGGCCGAUGCCAAGAUGAGAAGGCAGAACUUUGGCAGCCAGAUAGAUGGCAAUCCAAAGAGUGCCACGUACUCGUCUGCAUCCCCCUCAGCAGCAGUACCCACAGCGACAACAGCAACCCUCCCCCAGCCUCCAUCGGAAUCACAGAGGCAAGAUUCUGACCCGGCACUCAAAAAAGAGAGUCGAACGCCGUCCCGCGUCUCCUCUGCACGCAGCCGCCGGUCGUCCCUAUCGUCGACCGGCGUCACCAUGACCGCCAGCAGCGUAAAAGCCAGUGGAAAGACACUGGAGCCCGCAGCGUUACAGAACUGGCAGCAUGUUGGUGUUAGAGGGUGCUUCUUCCUGGAGGAGGAGGAGGGCAGCAUCAGCUCCCUGCAGUACCGCUUCCACCUGCCCCAGCGGUCGUCCGUCUACCUCAGCAUCCAGCCCCUCAGCCUGGGCCAUCACACGCCUGACAAGGUUUCCUCAGGGAGCUGGAUGACGGUAGACACUGCUAUCUUCGUAACGUCAGCAGGGCAAAGCAAAGAGGAAUGUAACCUUGUGUGUUUCACAGAGGCCAGGGAUGAAGAAAGGUACGUGUGGCGUGGAGAGCUUGCCGCUGGGAGCUACUUCCUGCUGCCCUUCACCAGCGGCUGCAGGCUGAGGAGGAGGAGAAGAACGGCCACGCCAACCAAACCAGAACCACUGGUGUACCGCACAGACAGUGGGGAGCUGGAUCUUACCAGGGCGCUCCGGGAGGCGCUGUCUGACAUCUUUGACGUGAUCGACCUCGAUGGGAACGGCUUAAUCAGCCUAGAGGAGUACAACUUGUUUGAGCUAAGGACCAGCGGGGAGAAGUGUGACGAGGAAGCCUGGGCUAUCUGUAAAGAGACCUUUGACACCAGGAGGAACCAGCUGACCCGGCAGGGCUUCAUGGAGCUGCACCUCAUGGAGGCCACAGAGAAGGACGGGGACCCGUCGGACCUCUGGCUCACCCUGGAGGCCAUGGGCUACAACCAGGCCCUGGAACUGGUGGAGGCGUGUCCGUUCCAGAUGGACGUGCACUGUGAGGGCUGCCCUCCGUCCCUCCAGCCGCUCAGCCUGGACUGGGGCUCCCGGCUGCUGAACCAGGCCCUGCAGAAGUCCAUCGUGGCCUCAGCGGGGGAGGCCCGGGCCCUCAGGGGCCACGACAACGUCCUGGUGUACACCUACCGGGGGGACCACCGGAUCUCCUCCCUCGUGGCCAACAAGGGCAUCCAGAAAGUGACUGUGCACGUGAACAAUGAGCACAGCAAGAAUUGCUGCAGCAGCAGAGGCAUGAGUGUGUUUGCUGUGGAGGUACCAGCCAAAACCAAGAUGGUUCACCAGCAUGUCCUACCCAUCAACGAGAGACAGGAGUGGACCUACUGCUGUGUGGAGAGCACCCUGCCCAGCCAAUGAAGUUCUACAGUGUGACUGUAAUAUGAUCUUUAAUAUUUAUCAAAAUGUGAAUCUAUAAUCUUUAUCUAUAAAUUGCAUUUAUUGAUAGCACUAAUGUGAUGGCUCAAUGUCGAUUUAUAAGUUAUCUUGUUUAUAUUUGCAUAUACAUAUUUUGAAGGUACUGUAAGCUAGUGUUAUGUUUGUUUCAUGUUUAAUGUAAAGUUUUAAGAAUGGCACGCACUCAAAACCGUCUGAAAAUUAUGAAGGUGUAUUCGUAUAGUUUAUCAUCCUUAUGUGUGUUCACACCAAAAGCGGUGCGAAUAUUUGCACCACAUGUUCGCGCAAGUUUGAUCGCACACACUUCAAUACUCUGUGCAUGUCUAGGAAUAGCGGCUUACCUCUUGUGAACGCCAAAGUUUCUUUCCUCCAAUUAAUUCUCAACCAGGGCUUAGAUAACAACCUACUACGAGUCUUUUGUCGAAAAACCCAAUGCAGAGGCAUCCGUAGGCGCACACAGCUCUUGUGUAGCGUCGACAAAGGUACCAUAUGGGAGUCCUGUUUUCAAUAAAGUAUUAAACCACCACCCUAAACAUCUCUGGUGCGGUGGCGACACCUAGGCAUACAACAACUAUUGCAUCCCACAUAUUGUCACUGGAAAGGACCAAGGAGGGGGCCAGAAAGUCCAACUAAUAAUAGUCCGAACUCUCCCAGGAUCCUUGGAAGGGUAAUUUCAACUUGAGCAAAGUGUUAGAAUCGUGCAAAUACGCAUUAACUAGGUUGUUCGCGUCAUGCCAGUCAUCUAUUCUUGACACAUUUUUCUGGCCGAAAAUUUGCCUCUAAACGUGUCUUGCAUUGACUUUGUAUGGAUUCUUGCCGCACUUUCUUUUUUGGUAUGAAGGCACCAUGUAAGAUGAUAAUAGACAGAUAAUGUAAGCAUUGAUUUUCUAAGAGAAUUUAUAUAAAUUAAUAUCUCAUGUUCCUAGUGCCUUUAUGAGACCCUUUAAGUUGAUAUCAUCUAAUGCCUUCUACAUUUGUUACUUGCCAUGUCCAAAAGUAUUUCACUGUUCAGAACAACCCUGCGUUAUAUAGUGUAUAUGACAAAUAAAACACUGACUUUGAUAUGUCUUGUGUAAAAUCUGACAAUCAAUUUUAUUUAAUUACAUUUCAGUUUUUUUUAUUUUUUUUAUAACAUCAGCUGUGUAAUCACAGUAAUCUACCCAUGCAUGUUAUAGUGGAAGAAGCUUUCAAAAGUAAUUUAAUAAGUGUAUUUCUACAGUGGCAUCUCUACACUGUGUUAAUUUGACACCUUUACAGAUACUUUUUUUUUUUACUACUGGCCGAGUUUGUGUUCACCAAGUAGGCGCUUACAGAUCCCUGCUUCAUGCCACAUGAUUGAUCGAAACAAAUCUGAAGCAAAAAAGAAAUGCCCCUUUCACCCACAUUUGAGCUUGACCGUGGUCGCACUUUAGAUAAACGUGUAGUUAGCAGAGAUCCCAGGACACCCCCACAGUCUUAAAGUGCUGAGCGUGGACAGGGUGGCUGGCACUGAAGAGGCAUUCCUGCAGUCUGAACUUCAUUCACCCUAGACCUUUCUCAACCCAGCGCAGGCAUGACCUUCUAUUUAUACCCUCCAAAGCCUUUAUUGUGCCCUUUGACUUUCUCUGCUGAAACAGUAGAGCCACCACAUGACAUAUGAGAUGUAUGCAUAACCUCCUCCCCCCAUGUAUGGUGUUCUUUAUUCAGUGCAGAAGAACAACACACCCCUUGCCUGGCAGGGCCACGGAAUGGAACUGAAUGGAACUUUUAAUGAUAGAAUAAUAAAAGUGUUAUCAUAGUGAGUGAGUGUGUGUGUGUGUGACAAGGUUUCACUAAGUCAAACCUUGUUCUAGUAAAGUAUUAUGUGUGUUUCAAUUUCGACAAGAAAAAUCACAGAAGCUGGGAAACAGCAUAGUGUCGACGUCCUGAGGCGCUUCAAAGUUUGCUUGUCUUUUUUGUACAAAUGUAUUUUGAAAGCAGGUCAAUAGAAGUAAAUAGUUUUAUAAUAGUGUGUAU